GCACAGUCUUCAAGAAGCCACAAACAGCAACAGACAUGCGUUCCUUCAUUGCUCUGCUAUUUCUUGUCAGCGCUAUUUCGGCCGAAACUUUGGAGAACUAUAAAAGAAUAGUUCGUCCUGAAGCUCAAGUAUGUAAGGAACAACUUGGUGCAACUGACGUAUGCAAAGUGAUGCAUGGUGAACUGCAAAAGACUUUGUACAAUGAGAAGGCCAAGUGCCUAUCUGCGUGUGUGCUGGAGAGAAUCGGGGUGAUGAAGAAUGGUAGCUGGACCGCUGUCCCCGCCGAACACCGUCUGGAGGUGUACAAUGAAGUGUUUGCCGGCGACACCAAUCGCCUGGAAUUUGCAGACCGUGUCAUCAAUGACUGCCACGAACAGGCUGACCAGAAGUACAGGGCUGUAGGGUACGGCUGUGAGGCGGCGUACCACGCCAUAACGUGUUUGUGGGAUCUCACUUACUAGUGGGUUGCCGAAAACGAUACCUACAACUUUUCCGUCAACCUCUAAUUUUAUUUACAGUGUUUAAGAAUGAGAAAAAUAGUAAUAUUUGGCACAAACGAGUAAAUAAGAUAUUAUUCAUCAAUUAAAAACGACGAUUAAAAUCAGACGUCACCAAUUUCCUCGACGGAAUAAUAUUAAUUUACAUUACAAUG